CUCCCCCAUCCUCUCCCUUGUGGUUCUAGAUCCACUCCUCCCCGUGCUCACUGCUCAUCCGCGAACAGGUUGAGCGGGGACGCCGUGGAGGGGCGAGGGGGAGCCAGAUUGAGCCAUGGCCUCCUCCUGGGUUCUUGCCCUGGUUCUUGCGCUGUCGGCAGGCGCAAGCCUGGCGCGUGGCUCAGAGCCGUGGUGGAACGAGACACAGGUGUACGCCACCACCGCCAACUCCGGUGGCGGCAACGGCGUCUUCGUCGGCCUCACGCUCAUCCAGUCGGCGGCGGCCAAGGGAGCGGUGUGCUUGGAUGGAAGCUUACCAGGUUACCACCUCCACAGAGGGUUUGGAUCAGGAGCAAACAGUUGGCUCGUCAAUCUCGAGGGUGGAGGCUGGUGCAAUGAUCGCAGCAGCUGUGUGUUCCGCAAGGGCAGUCGUCGUGGAUCAUCAAAUCACAUGGAGAGGCAACUCCAGUUUACAGGGAUAUUGAGUAACAAACCUGAAGAGAAUCCCGAUUUCUACAACUGGAAUAGAGUGAAGGUCCGGUACUGUGAUGGUGGAUCUUUCACUGGUGAUGGCUCUGAUGCGGCUGCAGGCCUUUAUUUCCGAGGUCAGCGCAUUUGGCAGGCCGCUAUGGAUGACCUAAUGGCCCAAGGAAUGCGUUAUGCUAAUCAGGCCCUUCUUUCUGGAUGCUCUGCCGGUGGUGUUUCUACCAUACUUCACUGUGAUGAAUUCCAUGGAUUGUUUCCCUCGAAUACCAGAGUCAAAUGCCUAGCUGAUGCUGGAAUGUUUCUUGACACUGUUGAUGUUUCUGGCCGUCGGGAAAUGAGAUCCUUUUUCAAUGGCAUUGUGAGAUUGCAGGGUUCUGGAAGAAGCUUGCCUAGGUCUUGCACCUCACACAUGGACAAAACCUCGUGCUUUUUCCCCCAGAAUGUGUUGCCAACCAUCCGAACCCCAACUUUUGUUUUGAACACUGCCUAUGACGUGUGGCAGCUUCAACAAAGUGUGGCCCCUAGAACAGCUGAUCCCCAAGGUCUUUGGUCAAAGUGUAGGACGAACCAUGCCUUCUGUAAUAGCAACCAGCUCCAGUUUUUGCAAGGGUUCAGGAACCAGAUGCUUGAUGCCGUGAGGGGUUUCUCUGCAUCAAGGCAAAAUGGUCUGUUCAUCAACUCAUGUUUUGCUCAUUGCCAGAGCGAGAGACAGGAUACUUGGUACGCGAACAACUCGCCACGUCUUGGUAACAAGAAAAUCGCUGACGCUGUUGGGGACUGGUUCUUCGAGAGGGGGAACGCCAAGUACACAGACUGCCCAUACCCUUGCGAUGGCACUUGCCAUCACCUUGUGUUCAGGGGAGACCACUAAGAUCAUUCUUCAGCACCAACAAAUUCAUCAGAUGGUACAAGGAUCAAACCCCAAUGGGUACAGAAUGGAAAACAGGAUAUAGAUACAGAUAAGGUGCAAGUGGUCGGCUUGCCCAUGUUUGUUCAUCAGUGAGUCAUAUGAUUGAUAGUGCGAGGACCUCACCCGCGAACGCGCGGAGGAGGCCUCUGCAUUAGAUUCACAUACCGUCAUGAUAUCGAUUAUUUUCAUUGGAAAAGCGUCCAUGAUUACGUACCAGAACAAUUGAGUUACAUACUCAUUUCGUGUACUGUAUUAAUAACACUAGAACGUUACAUAUUCAUUUGUCCUGAAGAUCGUACU